AUGGAUAUGAAUGAGAUAACUACUACAAAAUUGAGUAAUUGGUCUUGCAACCACUGUUGUCGAAUCCUAAAACAUGGCGAGUUUCGUUUCAAUUGUGUUAGUUGUGAAAAUUAUGAUUUAUGCAAGCAAUGUUUUCUAACACUCGAUCCACCACAUCCUCAUCAAAUGAUACGUGAACUAGCAUAUGGAAAGGAAGAAACGGUACAAGAAUGUCAAAGUACAAGUAUGGCUAAUGGAAUUCUAACUGCUGUAACUAUUUAUAAUGAUCGUUAUUGUUUGGGUGUACGAGAUGUUGACACAAAGAAUCCUUCACUCUAUGCUGAUACAUACUCUUGGUUAACAUUUGAAACAGUGGGUAUUCGAUGCAAAAAAUUUGGACAAGGAUUAAGAGAUAUAAUUGAACCACGUGGUUAUCUUGGUAUUUGUGCAGCAAAUCGACCUGAAUGGGUAAUUACAGAUUUUGCAUGCAUUCUUCAAAGUAUUAUCAGUGUGCCAAUAUAUUGUUUAUUGAACGAUUUCGAACUUGCUUAUGUUAUCAAUAAUACACAAGUAUCAGUAAUUGUUUGUGAUAAACAAAUGUUGCCAAAAUUUAUUCGGUUACAUGCAGAAUGUCCAUCACUUCAUCAUAUUGUAUGCAUGGAUUCGAUUCCCGAAACAAUAUUAGGUAUGGAAAAGAAUGAUCUACGUAUUCAUUACAUGGGUGACAUUGAAACUAAUGGCUCCACUAAACAGUAUCAACCUGUUAACAUUGAUCCUAAUGAAUGUUUGACAAUUGUAUAUACAAGUGGAAGCUCAGGAUUUCCUAAAGGUGCCAUGAUUUCUGAAAAUGCUUAUCGAGCUACAUAUGUACAAUGGUGUCGUCCAUCUGCUGUCGACCAGAUUAGUUUUUGUUAUGAACCAUUAGCAUGGGUGAGUGAUCGUGACACUGUUAUUAGAACAUUUUUUGUUGGAGGACGUACCGGAUUCUCUACAGGAGACGUUUCUCGUCUAAUGGAAGAUUUAGCUUUAGUUAGACCCGACAAUUUUUCCACAACACCAGCCAUAUGGAACAAAAUAUACGCUGAAUUUAAGGCAACUUUGUCAAUAGCAACAGCUCAUCUACCAUCGGAAGCUAUUGCAGCAGAAGAAGAACGACUUUUGCAACAAUUUUCAAAACUCAUUCCAAUAAGAUGUAAAACGAUCACUGUUGGUGGUGCUAUGAUUAGUCCAGUAGUACUUAGCUUUAUCAAACGAUGUUUUUCACGGUGUGAUAUUUAUGAAUCUUAUGGAAUAACAGAAUGUGGAAGCGUGGCAUCCAACAAUAUUAUUAAUAAUACAUUACAAUUUCAUCUUAUAUCGGUUCCAGAAAUGGGUUAUACAAUAGACGAUGAACCAUUUCCUCGAGGAGAACUCUUUAUAAAAACUGAGGAAAUGUUUUCGGGAUAUUUUAACAAUCCAGAAGAAACGCGAGUAGCUCUUACAGAAGAUGGAUUCUUUCGUACUGGUGACAUCGUUGAAUUACGUAUUCGCCCAGAUGGUGAUCUGUAUGUAAAUCUUAUUGAUCGUAAAAAGAAUUUCUUCAAACUCUCACAAGGACAAUAUGUAUCACCAGAAUUUCUUCAAAAUAUUUACAUACAAAGUCCUUUCGUCGAACAAAUCUAUAUUCAUGGUGAUCUCUUAGCAGAUUCUAUUGCUGCUGCCGUCGUACCAAAUCAAGAAUAUGCACAAGCAUUUAUACUUGAACAUGAUCUGAAAAAUUUCGAUAUGAAUAAUCCAGAUCCAAAAUUUUAUGAUGCCAUUCUACAAGAUCUUCGUUUGAUAGCUGAAAAAGAAUCACUUCGAAAACAUGAAAUACCAUCACGAUUAAUCAUUGAUUUUGAACCGUUUACACCAGAAAAUGGUUUACUUACAUCUACAAUGAAACCUUGUCGUCACAAAUUAGCUGCCUAUUAUGGUGAUCGACUAAAACAAUCUAAUACUAUUGAACAACGAUUAAAAACUAUUAUUGAAACAACAACAAAACAAUCGCUAUUGACUGAUGAAGACGAUAAUUUCUUUAUACCUACUGGUGGUGAUUCAUUGACAGCUAUACGUUUAUCUCGUAUGAUUGAAAAUGAUCUAGGAAUAUCUGUACCAAUAAACAUACUUUUACAACCUCAAAUGACUCUUCAACAAUUAGUAACUGUUAUUAAAGAUCCUUCGCAGAUGUUUUCACAUUCAAUCGUAGAACAAUUACUGAAAGAUUCUGAAUUACUUUUGAAUAUUACAAUAGGUAAAUGUAAAAAUACAGUUGUAUCUCCUUCAGUAGUUUUCAUUACUGGAACUACAGGAUUUGUCGGUGCAUUUUUGUUGGCUGAAUUAUUAUUGAUUUAUCCUUCUGAAUGUAAAUUUAUCUGUCUGGUACGAUGUAAAUCUUUGACUAAUCUUUUGGAUCGUAUUCGACAAAAUAUGCUCUUUUAUAAAAUAUGGAAAGAAGAUUUUCAAGAACGAAUUAUUCCAUUGCAAGGUGACUUAGAAAAAACUAAUUUUGGAUUAGAUGGUGAAACAUACGAGUCACUUGCUAAUCAAAUUGAUAUUAUUUUUCAUUGCGGUGCUGCUGUGAAUUUUAUACUGCCAUAUAGCAAGCUUUACGGUUCAAAUGUUUGUGGUACUCGAGAGAUCAUUCGUCUAGCAACUCAUAUGACUACAUGCAUACCUGUUCAUUAUAUUUCGACAUUGAGUGUUCUAUCAUCUGAUGUUAAUAAAGAAAUAUCAAUUGAUGAAACUUCUCCAACUGGUUUAGUUAGUGGUUAUGCUCAAAGUAAAUGGGUAGCAGAAAAGCUAAUGGCUAAAGCGAAUCGUUUAGGUUUACCAGUAGUCAUUUAUCGUCUUGGAUCGAUAUGUGCUAGUAUGGAAACAGGUGCAUGCAAUCGAAAUGAUCUUCAUACAUUUUUAUUUGCUGCAAUGAUGAAGUUAAAUUGUUAUCCUGAGACAAUAGCGCAUGCUCGUUUACAUGAGCUACCAGUGAAUUUUACAGCGAAAAGUAUCGUUUAUUUGAGUAAAAUUCAACCUGAUGUAUACGGAAAAAUCUUUCAUGUUCUACAUCCAAAUAGCGAAGUGCUAUUUGAAGAUAUCAUUGAUGGCUGUUGUCGUUGUGGUGUUCAAUUGCAAAGUGUUUCUCUUGAAGAAUGGCGAAUCAAAUUAAAGACCAUCAUUCGUUGUAAUUAUCGUCGUUCGGAAUAUUUACGAUUAAAGAAAUAA